GUCAAAAUCAGGUGAGUCAGCCCAAUAUGCGAUCAAUGUCAUCCACACCCUUAAUACUCAAUCGCCACUUUUGACACAAGGUUAUUAUGGUCAAUUUCUUUGUGAUAAAGUACUCGCGACUAUAUUUGUGUAAAAUUGUAAAAGGCUGUAAAUUUUUUAACUAAAAUUAGAGCAUAAUGUCAAGUAUAGCUUCAAGCAUGAAUAGCAAAGGAGGUAAAAAGAAGAAAAGUAAAUCUUCAGCACCACCUGGUUCUGAAUCGGACCAGAGUGUAGACACUAACAGUUUGUCAGCAGAAUCUCAGGAGGCAGGACGGUCUCCAAGUAGUGCACAUAAGUCAACAAGGAAAAAAGGAGAAUGGGAAAUAUUAGAAGGUCUUAAAGAGGGGCAGAGAUUUGACCUUGUCCCACGCAAAUUUGAGGGCUUCUUGCUCAAGCGUCGAAAAUGGCCUCUCAAAGGCUGGCACAAGAGGUACUUUGUCCUAGAGAAGAGCACUUUGACAUAUGCCAAGUCUAUUGCUGAUUUAGCAAGAGGCAGAAUCUUGGGGAAAAUGGAUAUUGGUAUGUCUGUUAUUUCAACAAAAGCCAGGAGGAGAAGAAUUGAUAUUGAUGCUGACACUUUGAUAUUUCAUCUGAAGUGUAAGUCUCGAGAGGUGUACUUACAAUGGGUCGAACAGUUAAAACAGCAUAGACUGCACAAGCAACACCAAAUACUCUACAGCAAGGAUCAGCAGAAGCUGGCUUCUCCAGCAUCCCCGUCAGAUGAUUCUCCUACAGGACAGGGAAGGGCGUAUGCACGGACAAAAGCAGUGAAGCGGCCGCCAACUUCAGCACGUUCUCCCACACCGGGUAAAUACAUCCAGCCCUAUACAUUGCAUGAUAAUAUAUAG